AAAGAAGAGAAAUUAGAAGCGCCAUGAAGGGAAGAGAGGCCAAACCAGCUCCUUCAACAGAUCUGUUAGUAUGUUUUCCUUCUCGGGCCCACCUAACGCUAAUGCCGAAGCCCAUCUGCAGCCCGGCAAGGCCUUCGGAGCCGAACAAGCGCCACCACCACCACCACCACUUGAAGAAGCCGAGCAGCAGAGGCGGCGGAGGCCAAGCCAGCCCUCUGCUUUGGGCCAAAACCAAGCCAAUGGGGUCGGACAUUUCCGAACCGACCUCCCCGAAAGUCACCUGCGCCGGGCAGAUCAAGGUCAGGCCCAAGGCCGGCUCGUGCAAGAGCUGGCAAACGGUGAUGGAAGAAAUUGAAAGAAUUCACAACAGCAGAAAACCCAAGAAAAGACCCGGUUGGGUUGAAUCUCUCGGGUUCAAGAAAGAUAUAAUGCAAUUCUUGACGUGCUUGCGAAGCAUACGGUUUGAUUUUCGGUGCUUUGGGUCCUUUCCUGAGUCGUCGGAUAUCACUACCGACGAUGAAGACGGAGGAGAAGACGAAGAUCAAGAAUAUCGAGAAAAUCGCGUGGGCGCUGAGGGAAUUGACGGAAAUGGGACUGAUUCUAGAACUGUCUUCUCUAAGUGGUUUAUGGUUUUACAGGAAAAUCAAAACAAUAAGUUGUGCAGAGAAGAUAAAAAAGACAGAGACAGGGGAAUUUGUGACAAUGAAUCUGUUGCUGAACCUGCUGCUCCUCCACCAAAUGCUUUGUUGCUUAUGCGCUGUAGAUCUGCUCCUGCAAAAGGCUGGUUGGAAAAGAAAGAAGAAGAAGAAGAAGAAGAAGAGAAAGAAGCUGAGGAUGAACAUGAAAAAGCAAGGGAAAAAGAACAAAGAAAAGCAAAGAGUUUGAAGUCUCUAAUGGAGGAAGAGAAGAGAACAAAGAAAGAGAACAUGGUUGUGAUGAAAUACGACACCGAUUUCUACAAAAUUUCGUCCGAUAUUGCAAAGGAGACAUGGGUUGCUGGUGGAACGAGAGAUCCAUUUUCAAGGAGUCGAAGUUGGAAAAGAUGAUGAUCUUGGUGCCUUAGUACUGGUUAUCCUAUUUUAAUUUUUGUUUUUUUUUUUUCAGUAAGAUUUUCUUUUUAUCCUUUUUCAAUAUUAAUUUUUCUGUUGUUUGUUUUGUCUAAAAUUUUCUGUCAGAGAUCAAAGUGUGGGAACUGGACAAUCCAACCAGUCCCUAUAUAGUAACCCUUUGUUGUCUUUAAUUAUUCCUGCUGUGAUAUGAAAGUUGUAAUAGAUUUGUACA